ACUUUAGUUUUACUUUCUCUUUUUUGAAUAAUAAGGAAAAUCCUCAUGUGUUAUUUGAAAGCCCUUCUGCAUUCCCAAUUGAUUGUAAUUGAGAUAAGCAAAGUCUUGAUAUUUUGCAUUCAUGAUAUAGCUUUCAGUUGUAUAAUGAUCUAUAAGUGCGCUUUCAAGUAAAACGACAAUAGUCGAUAUGAAAAAUUUCGUUCUAAACCGCAUUUGACUUUUCAUUUGUUUUUUGCUUUUAACAGUAUAAUGCGAUGAAAAAUAUUUUAUAAAACUAUUCAUUAUCUUGCUAUUUUCCUUCUUCAUCAUCGUCAACUGCUUUCAGUUUAGCUAAAUUUUCGUUAAAUUGUGAAAAGAAAAAAAAAAAGUAAAAAAUCGUAAAAAGAAAAGUUAUGCGAAACUGUCGUAUUUUAAACAACUUGUUAACUGUUGUUUAUAAAAGUCAAAGUCAGAAAAGAAGUAAUAACACAGCUGCAUAUGCUGUAGUGGUGAUGCACAUGGUGCAAGCCGGCGUUGCGCCAUAUCCGGGCGCACCGACUGGCUAUCCACCGACAACAGCACAAGUAGGCGCCGCCACGGAUGCUCUCUCGAUGGCGGUAGUCAAAGCUGAUCCAGUAACGGCACAAAUGAAAGCUGAUGCAGCUGCAGUUGCCACUAAUGGUGCCACUAAUACAAAUGUUACAUCGUCAGCCGCAACUACAGCCGCUGUAGCACAAUUGUAUAUGCAACAAAAAAAGUCUUCAGUAUUGUUAAAAACCGAAACUGACGUUACCAAUAAUGCUCAACAGGCGAAUAGUAGUAAUGCCGGUGGCGGUUCAGGCGGUGGAGGUGGUAUUAUAGCUACCUCAGCUCAAGGCACAGUUACAUGUUCAGCUACCACCGCAACUGCAGCUAAUGCAGUUAACUCAAGCCAAAGUCAGGCCAUUAAUGGCAACACAAUAACCGGUGCAAAUACUGGCGGUUCUGCCUCCGACACAAAUGGCUCGAAUGUCACAACGAACGGUAUUGCAACGCCAGCACCGGCAGCAUCAUCAGCACCUGGUUCGGGCGAUAUGUUAAUACCAACACAACAACAGCAACAGCAACAACAACAACAGCAGCAGCAGCAGCAGCAACAACAACAACAGCAACUGAUAGCGAUUAGUCAACAACAGAGUACGGCUGGUGGUCAGGCGACUACUUCGGUGACAGCUACUUCGUCUGCUACUGGCUUAUUGCCGGCUGUGAUCUCAGCUUCGACAAAUGUGAGCGGAGUUGAUACGUCGCCAUCUCCAUUGAUAUCCUCAAGCACAGCUCAAGUUAUAGCCAGUAUAAAUGCUGCUGCCGCCGGUGGCAUAAUGACGUCGGCUUUACAGGCAAAUGCAAAUGCACCGUUAGCUAACAGUCUCACAUCUGCUCUAGUCCCACAACAACAACAACAACAACAACAACAACAACAACAACAACCACAACAAACCACCUCUAUUGCCGCCAACACACCGUCAGCCGCAACAAUCGAUGCCAAAAAUCAACCGAAACGUUUGCACGUCUCAAAUAUACCUUUUCGUUUUCGUGAUCCUGAUUUAAGAGCCAUGUUCGGGCAAUUUGGCACCAUACUCGAUGUGGAAAUAAUAUUCAAUGAACGUGGCAGUAAGGGAUUUGGUUUUGUAACAUUCGCUAACAGCAACGACGCCGAACGAGCACGCGAACGUCUCCAUGGCACCGUGGUAGAGGGACGCAAAAUUGAGGUGAACAAUGCUACAGCUCGUGUACAAACCAAAAAGGUGACCGCCGUACCAAAUGUUGUACUGACAAAAGAUGGUGCAAUACCGGCUCCAGCUCUAGUCUGUGUGCCCUGGCCAGACGCAGCUAUGCGUGGUAUGGCUUUACAACGCGGACACGUCGGUAUCGUCGGUGCACCCUUCAAUCCAGCCUUGGCAGCUGCUGUAGCGGCACAGCAUCAACAACAACGCCAAGCGGCCGCUGUGGCAGUAGCGGCUGCAGCUGCCCAGCAACAGCAAUUAGGUUUACAGCAAGCCUUGCAAGUGCAACCAGCCACCGCCGGAGCUAAUGCAGCCGCCGCCAUGCAGCCCAGCGCUCAACAGCAAUUACAAACACUUGCUCAAUCCGCCGCCGCUCCGAAUGUCUCGACAGCAGCCAGCGCCGCUUAUGCAGCCCGUUUAACUACAGCUCCACCGCCACCACAAACAGCUACGGCUGCGUCUAUAGCCGCCGCCGCCAACGCAGCAGCUGCUGCCAAUGCUGCAGCCGCUGGCACUACCCUCCAUGGAUAUGCACCUGUUUACUAUGACCCCUUCUUAGCAGCAGCAACCGCUGAUCCUAAUUUGCGUUUUCAGGCAGCCAAACCGGUCACAGAAGUUCCAGCAGCACAGCCAGCAGCAAUUAUAAAUCGCCGCACAGUGACAACGCUAAACAGUACCCCACAUACGAUCAACCGCAUUCCGGUACCACAGAAUGUUUUGGCCACAGGUCCGCUGUUAAAGACACCCUUGUCUCAGGCACAACAACAGUAUGCAACUGCUGCUACUACCUAUACAGCGGUGGCGGCUAGAGCUUACAAUGCAGCAGCUGCCGCUGCCACACAACCAGCUUUGGCCGGCUAUGCUACUGUAGCAGGUUACGCACGAGAAUUUGCAGAUCCUUAUCUGGGACAUGGUAUAGGACCCGUGCCAGGCUAUGGGGCUACUAUGUAUCGCGGAGGAUUUAAUCGUUUCGCGCCCUAUUAAAUAAAGGAGAGAAGAAAAAACAAUUCAAAAAAUAAAAAAAU